AUGUCUGGGGGGAAUAUGACUAAAACACAACUAUAUGAAAGAAUUAAUGAACUAACAAUUACACUCCAAGAAAUGAAAAACCAACAUGUUAACGAAAUUAAUCUUUGCAGGAAAAACUUUGAAAAACAAAAACAGGAAAUGAAAGAAAACCAUGCUAUUCAAAUCAGUCUUUACCAAAAACUAAUUGAUAAAAAUGAAAAAGAAGUUGAAAAUUUGAUGACUAUAAUUGAAAACAACAAAAAAGAAAUUGAACGAAUCGAUGAAAUGAGAAGAAAAUAUGAAUUUGAAUAUAGUGAAAGAUUGGAAGAAAAAGAUAGAAGAGAAAAAACUUACAAACAAACUAUAAAAUGA